UAGAAAGAGAGAGAGAAAAAUGGAUAGGUAAAUGCAAUGCAUAGAGAUAAGAAAGGAGGAGUGCUUCCGAAGAGAAUAAUAGUGGUGCGUCAUGGGGAGUCGCAAGGGAACUUGGAUACUGCCGCAUACACCACAACACCGGACCACAAGAUCCAAUUAACGCCGCAAGGCAUUACACAGGCACGGCUAGCCGGGGCCCGCAUACGCCACGUCAUCGCCGGCGAUGGUCCCAAUUGGCGGGUGUAUUUUUACGUCUCACCCUACGACCGCACUCGAUCCACACUCCGGGAGAUUGGACGAUCCUUCUCGAAGAAGCGCGUGAUUGGUGUGAGGGAAGAGUGCCGCAUUCGGGAACAAGACUUCGGGAAUUUUCAGGUACAGGAGCAUAUGAACAGUAUCAAGGAGACUCGCCAACGCUUCGGUAGGUUCUACUAUCGCUUCCCGGAGGGUGAGUCCGCCGCCGAUGUUUUCGAUCGCGUUUCCAGUUUCCUUGAAUCUCUUUGGAGGGACAUUGACAUGAACAGGCUUAAUCAUGACCCUGCCAAUGAUUUGAAUUUGAUAAUUGUGUCACAUGGGUUGGCAUCUCGUGUUUUUCUUAUGAAGUGGUUCAAGUGGACAGUUGAACAAUUUGAGCUUCUGAACAAUUUUGGAAACUCUGAGUUCCGCGUUAUGCAAUUGGGGAGUGGCGGAGAAUACAGUUUGGCUGUUCAUCACACAGACAAAGAAUUGCUUGAAUGGGGGCUUUCUCCUGAUAUGAUAGCUGAUCAGAAAUGGCGAGCCCAUGCUAGCAAGGGUGCAUGGAAUGAUCAAAGUUCCUGGUAUCUUGAUACUUUUUUUGAUCAUCUUCCUGACUCUGAUGAUGAUGGCAGUGUGGACAAAGAAGAUGAAACAAGUCCUUUGAGUGUGCAUUCUUAAUAUUUAAUAACAUUUACUAGACACUAGGUUGUUCAUUUCUUUCUUGGGAUUAAAGAAAAAAAAUCUUUUCUAAAAGUAGGAAAAAUUAAGAGGGAACAGGAUAAGGUGAUAAUAGGUUGUUCCUUGCUAGGUAGCGGUUCUAAUCAACUCAUUCAUCAUCAUAAAAUUGACAUCCAAUUGGAGGUUUCAACAUAUGCAUCUAAUGAAUUGAUAAUCUUUGAUUAUAGUUUGACUUAAAGCAAAUGUAUACGUUCCGUAGGGAACGGUUGCUUUGUGUAAUGCAUAAUGCAUGCAUCCUGUAUUAUACGUUAUGGUAGAACUUAGAAGAGCCUGCAUAAUCGUUUAUGCAAAGAGUGCGUUGUUCGAGUUUGUACUUAGUCUGUGAUCCUCAAUGUUUAUGAAUAUUGGACGCAUUCAUUCUGUAUCGCUUGGUGUGAAAAAUUA